AUGCACUCUCAACUCCCUCUCCUCCUAACCACCUUUAGCUUGUUUCUCCACCACACACUUUCCAUUCCUACCACCACUCCUUUCGACUUUAUUCGCUCGAGUUGCAAUGCUACCCUCUACCCGGACAUUUGCUACACCUCCCUAUCCGGCUACGCCAAUGCCAUCCGCCUCGACCCAGCCCAACUAGCCCGUAUCUCAAUCGGGGUCACACUAGCCCGAGCUCGCCACACCACCACCUUCUUUACCAACAUGACCCAACGGGCCGACUAUGGGCCCGACCCUCGGGAAGCCUCCGCCCUUCAUGACUGCACCUCCACCUUCGGUGACGCCGUAAAACAGAUGCAUGAUUCCCUCAGAGAAAUGAGCCAGUUGGCUUCGGCUGCCGGAAUUGGGAACUCAUAUAACACCAAAUCGGUAAUAAUGUUCCAAGUGAGUAACGUGCAGACGUGGAUGAGCGCGGCUCUAACGAAUGAGGACACGUGCACGGAUGGGUUCCAGGACGUGGCGGCGUGUCCGGUGAAAGACGCGGUGUUGGAGAAGGUGGUGAUGGUGAAGGAAUACACUAGCAACGCCCUGGCCUUGGUGAAUAGUUUUGCUGCCUCCGUGAACUCAUGAUGAUUGGAUUAGCUAGACAUGCAUUUGAAGGUGGUUACGUUAUUGGACGUUGGAAACUUACAAUAAUUAUCUUGUAAACAAGUAGCUUGUGACCUUAUGUUGUCUUCUUCUGUGUCGAGUGUGAACAAGUUAAUUAAAGAGUCUUUGGCGUACUAUAAUAGUGACAUAUAAUUGUUGUAUGUGUGAGCGUGACUGCAUAGGGAGAGUUUUUUGUUUUUGUUUUCUAAUAUUAUCAUCAUGUGUAACGUAGUGAUAUUGAAGAUAAGCGCUAGUUUGUAAUUAAACUUGUUUUGUGUCUUAAUUAAAGACUUUGACAUAGUGAUUACUAUUAUAAAUAAUAAUUACAAAGUAAAACAAAUCCAAAUUAAA